UGAAAAAAAGAACCGACAAAAGAACCCAAAAAAAAGAGAGAAAACCCUAUUUUAAAUUGACCCCCCCCAAUCUCCUCCUUCACUUUCAGACCCUCAUCAGAAACACUCCCUUUCUUUGCUUUAUCCCCGUCUCCUUAGCCUCCUUUCCUGGGCAUCUUCUCUCUCUCUCUCUCUCUCUUCAUGAUCUUUAUGUCCCUCAUUCUCUUAACAAUUUGUUUUCUUCCGAACAAGCAGAAGCAGCAACAGCAACAGCAACAGCGACAGUGCCGAGAAGAAGCCAAUUUUGCAUGAACCCUGAAAGUAUAUCCCCACACCAGAAGAUUUCGAAGGGGCCAAAAAAAGGUGGACUAAAGAAAGUGACCCAAGACGAAGAAAAGGGUUGAACUCGAGAAAUUCUGAUUCAACCGCAAGCGAGUAGCUGAAAAAGAGAAGAAAAGAAGCCCAGCAACAGAGAGAUAGGGAGAGAGGGAGGGAGAGAGAGGGAGGGAGGGGUGUGAAAAAGCUUCAAGGCCUCGGGGAGAUCCAACCAUCCGCACGAGUCAACGUGAUCUAGGGAGAGAAAGGAGGCAAAGAAACGAAAAGUUGGAGAAAUAAAAAGGUUUGACUGUUGAGCCAAGGCCACAUGCCAUGGAUACACUUUUUCUACUGCUGUAGUCUUCUCUUCUAGGUCUCUUCCUUCCUCGUGCACCAUUUUCUCCCUUAUUUUUUCUGGAAAAAGAUAAAAGAAAAGGGGAGAGACUACGUGUGUUGGUGUGUGUUGGUGUUGACUAGUUAAGAUCCCCAAGCCAAAUGAGAAAUAAUUGAAUUAUUACAGAUCGAUGAUUCUCCAUCCCGAGAAAAAACGGAAGCCCCACAGUCCAAAUCACAUCAAGCUGGUUUCUCCAUCAAUCCCUUUUCACAAAUCAUUUCCUUUGCCUCUUUUUCUUGCUUAUUUAUCUAUUUGUUCUGCAUGUAGCGACGCUUUUGAAUGAUGGUCUUGCUUUGUGCGUUCCUUUCAUCGAUCCCACUCUUUAACUGGGUGUGUGUUCAACUCCCAGAAGGCUCGUCUUUUGGAGAAGACAGUGUGCUCAAGUCAUUUUAAUAAGAGCUCGAGCAAGAUCUGCUACGAAAACUCUCUCUCUCUCUCUCUCUCUCUCUCUCUCUCUCUCUCGAAAGAAGCGAAAUUGCAAAAAGUUCCUUGCUUCACAAGAUCCAAUUUUCAAACCCCCCCACCUCCCCCCAUCAAAAGUCCAAACCCCAAAUAACAUAUCAUUAUUUUUCUUCUCUUCCUACUUCUUGUUCUUGGCUCUUACCCUUCUCUUUUCAGCAGCUUUUACGAUCGAAAUCUCUUUGCCCAGACGAUAAACACAGGAUCCGGAGCUUCGCUAGUUCGCAUACAGCCAUCGUUCAAGCAUUUACUGGGGGGAUUUCGGGAACGAAUUAGGAUGGCGUCGUCGUCCACGUCCCCGUGUGCCGCGUGCAAGUUCCUCCGCCGCAAGUGCCAGCCGGAGUGCGUGUUCGCGCCCUACUUCCCGCCGGACCAGCCGCAGAAGUUCGCCAACGUCCACAAGGUGUUCGGGGCGAGCAACGUGACAAAGCUGCUCAACGAUCUCCACCCCCACCAGCGCGAGGACGCGGUCAACUCGCUCGCCUACGAGGCCGACAUGCGCCUGCGGGAUCCAGUCUACGGCUGCGUCGGGGUCAUCUCCCUCCUCCAGCACCAGCUCCGCCAGCUCCAGAUGGACCUCACCUGCGCCAAGUCCGAGCUCUCCAAGUACCAGAGCCUCGGCCUUGCCGCCGGCCAUGGCCUCAUCGCCGCCGCCGCCGCCGCGGCCACCACCCACAACCACCCCCAGAACCUCGGCAUCAACCUCCUUGGCUCCGCUGGUUCACGGGAUCACCACCAUUACCACCACCAGUUCUUCCCCCGCGACCACCAGCACCAGAUGAUCCGGGGCUUCGACGCGGGUGCCAACUACGACGCAGGCCUCCUCGCCAUGAACGUCUCCGCGAGCAUCGGACAAUUGGGCCAGUUCCACCAGCCCAGGGCUGCCACCGGAGACGAUCGCCGGAACAUCGACCCCUCUUAGAGUAUGGAGCUAAAUUAUUCUCCUCCCUUCCUCAAGAAAUCUGUUGAUGGUUUUCGAUUAAUCAUCGGCAAUAGGUUAAAAGAAAAACAUACCUAAUUUUGCUUACUGUCAGCAAGGUUUUGUGUGCGAGAUUUGCAUAAAGAUCUCUCCAGCUCUCCCGCCCUCUCUCUCCACCCCUCUCUCUCUCUCUCUCUCUCUCUCUCUCUCUCUCUCUCUCUCUCUCUCGUUGACCUUGCUAUUGAUGCUGUUGACACCUCAGUCAAUAUAUCUAGGGUUUCAAAGAAUUAUGUAAUUUUGGCAUCCUUAUUACUUUGGGAGAACUUCUUGUUACAUCUUAAUGUUCUUCUUACUUUA